UUAUUUUGUCGACGAUUUUGCCUAAUCAACAUUUUUCGGCUUUUCUCCCACAAAGUAAAAAGUUUUUUUAGUCGGUUUUCUGUGAAAUUCAUUCAAUAAUGGCUUUCAUUUUCUUCUAUAAUCGUCUUUACUGCUGUCAUUGCUUGAAACUCCUAUUUUAAUUGAAAUCUCCGGAAUAAAAACAAAAAUUCUAAAGCGCCAUCUACAGUGUCGCUUCAUUCCAAAAGUCCCACCCACAAUUUUCCCAAAAAAAAACAAUAGAAUUUGUCAAAAAGAAGAAACUUUUUUGGAUGAGCAUUUACACCAUCUUCAAGAUUCUGAAGAUGCUCUAUCAGCUUGCUUGGUAUAUUUUCUCAUUUCUCCGUCACAUUUGCUACAUCCUCUGGCUCCUGUACAAUGUGACCCUUGCGGGGAUCCCUGUGAUUUUGUGCCUGUGCGUUGCAUCCCUCUUUGCCCGAUUGCCUACACCAAGCCCCAAAAUUCUCUCCACUGUACUGGGGGAGAAGAAAAAGGGCUACUUGCAUUUUCCUGUGUUGCACCGUGGUGGGGGAUUUGAUACGCCGGAAAAUUCAUUGGCGGCUCUCAAGAAGUGUGCCUCCCAAAAAUGCCCCCAGGUGCUACUUAAUUUGGAUGUAACAGCAUGCGGAGAAUUGGUCAUUUUGCACAAAUCAACACUCCAAAGAGCAGGACAAUUUGCACAAAUUGAUAAGAUAAACUUUGAAUCCUUGCAAAAUUUUAAUAUCUCCGAACAUCAUCCCCUAGCGACUCAAUUCCCACCCGAACGAAUACUUACUCUCGCAAACCUCGUUCCACAAGUUGAGAGGCUAAACCUCACAGUUUACCUCCUUUUAUCGAGCAAUUCAGCCAUAGUUCCUGCACUCAAGUCAAUAAUUGCGAAAAAUGAAAAUUUCCCCCGAAAUCGCAUUGUUUUCUGCAGCAAAUCUCCUCUGGACAUCUUCCAGCUACGAAAGCAAUUUCCCGACUUAAUUUGUGGCCUGUGGCUGGUUAGGAUUGAACCACCAAAGUUUGUUCCAGCUUUCUUCUCAUCGCUCUUCACGGCAAUUUUUGGUGCUCUAAUCCGGAAUAUUAUUGUGCCAGUGAUUGGGAUAAGUGUGGUCUUUAUCGACAAGAAUGAAUUCAAUCAGCAAGUGCUGGAUUUAUGGCGAUAUGUUGGUGUGCAGCCAAUUGUUUAUACGGUAAAUUCCCCAAAUGAGAAGAGAUACUUCCAGCGUGCUAUGAAAGUGCAAUAUUUGACGGAUUCACUUCGUUCUGAGCCGGAUUUGCUAAUCAAACCAGAUAUUUCGUAAACAUGCAGCUUGUGCUACUCUUUCAUUGCAUUUAACUCAAAAGAUCUCUUUCCUAUCGCAGCGAAGAUACUCUAUCUUCUUAGCAAUAAUAUAUUUUACAAUUUAUAUAACAUAAGUAAUGUUUAAAAAAAGAGAGUUUCUAUAAAAGCUUGUAGGAAUCAUGAAAAAAAAAAACGAUUCACUCGUAGCCUGAGGUCAGUGUUUCAACCAAAGAAUAAUUUUGUAUUUUAUUUUUAAUGUAAGAAAAAAUUUAUUUAUGAAGAACAUGAAUUUAGAAUAAGAAAUAUUUUCCACAUAAAGUAUUAGAUCUUAUCUCAUCUACCUAGUGAGGCUCACUACGCAGUAGAAUUAAGGCUUUUAGCGUGAAUUUGUAGUAAACGUAAAAUAUACACAAUUUCAUUUGAUGAUA